UCAAAAAGAUGAGCCAAUUUUAAUAGCGUUAACAAUGUCCCCAUCUGCAUGGAGAUUGAAACCACCCUAUAAAUCUUUGCGCAGUACUGUUCUCAAUUUACAACUAUUUCGAAUCGAUAAUCUCGGCGAGUCAUUAAUUCCUAGGUUUCAGUUUCAUUGAUCUCCAAGACCAAUGUUGGCUGCUUCUGCUUCUGCUUCUUCCAUGGAGAAGACACCUGGCUCAGAGAUUCAGCUCCCUCCUGGUUUUAGAUUCCACCCUUCGGAUGAGGAGCUCAUAGUCCAUUACUUGAAGAACAAAGUGACUUCGAGUCCUCUACCAGCUUCUAUUAUAGCUGAGAUCGAUUUAUACAAGUACAAUCCAUGGGAGCUUCCAUCUAAAGCUUUGUUUGGAGAAGAUGAAUGGUAUUUUUUCUCACCAAGGGACAGGAAGUACCCGAACGGGGCGAGGCCUAACAGAGCGGCGGCUUCAGGGUAUUGGAAGGCGACGGGGACAGAUAAGCCAAUCCUGACUUCGUGCGGAACGGAGAGUAUUGGAGUGAAGAAAGCUCUGGUAUUCUACGAAGGACGUCCUCCCAGAGGAACCAAGACAGAGUGGAUCAUGCACGAGUAUAGACUGCGUGAAACCAUGAUCUGGACUCCCAAGCGAAAAGGGUCCAUGAGAUUGGAUGAUUGGGUGCUUUGUCGAGUGAGGCAAAAGAGCAGCACGCAAAGGAACAGAUGGGGAGAUAGAGAUAUUACAAGUCAUGAACCAGCCAACAGCUAUCUCCCAAAAUUGAAUGAGGUAUGGUCUUCAAACGCGAAUAACCCCAACGUUGAGAUGGCCGAAGGCUAUCUAUUCAGUGACUGCCCCAUGUUACCCUACAUUUUUGCCUCUCAAAACCUUCCUUGCUUUGAUACAACAACCUCGAGCAUCAGCUUCCAAAGCAGUGACAGAUCUUGCACUUCUGCCCAGGAGGCCAAUUCUGAUACGAAGAAAUUGCAGAUUUCAUUUUCAUCUCUUGAAAGCCUGUUUAACCCUUCGAAAAGAAAGUCUAUGGAAGGUGAUAACCAGGCCACAAAUUUUGUCCCACCAAGCAAGAAGCUCAUCUGGGAUGAGACAGAAAAGGAGGAAGUGAUCUCGUUAAGCAACGAUUGCAGUGACCUCAACUUUUAUGGAACAGACCACUCGGAAGGCAACAAUUUUAGCCCAGAUCAAUGGAACCCCAUCAUGCAGUAUCAGGAGCUUAAUCACCUGGAGUUCACGGAAGCUUGCUAGAUAAUUUCCGCAGUAUGUGGAAAAACUAUGUACGUAAAUUACAAAGGGUUCUUUCAUUGUGAUGAGGUUUGCAGAUAUAUACAAAAAGUUACUCAUUACGGCCUGGAUAGACAGAUUUGGUGAUCUAUUUCAUCAUGAAUUUGUCUGUGAAUUAGUAGGGUGAUUGCAAGGUUUGAAAUAUUUAUAUUGCAUAGAUGUACAAAAUAUUGUAAGUACAUAUGGGAAAUCAAAUAAAUGCCUUUGUGGCUACAACCAGAGCACAGAUUAGAGCUCUCUUGUGUUCUUUUGACAUUAAUUUGGUUAAAGCAUUGUCGCUGUAAUUUACAAAGUGUUAGCAUAAAAAUAAUGUUCGGUUCUUAAAAGUAUUACCGUUCAAGAAUAAAACAGAGCCGCUCCUAAUGAAGAGAAACAUUCCCGAAGACAGGGAACCAAGCAUGCACUAGGAAUGGACCAUAAGUGAUGCCUACAAGUUCGAAACUGGCAAUUGCAUACAAGGCUUAUCAACAAAAAAGAAAGAAAAUCAUGUGCAACACAGCAAAGAUUAUUCCAACAACAAAACAGUGUAACAUGGCAACACCCUCGCAUAAAUGAUAAAACCAUGUGCUCUCUCUCUACCCCUUGCUGCGAUUCUUCUAAUCCAAGAAUUACAAUAAGCUCUACCUAAAUGAGACAUGUACGUAAGAAUAUGACCUCCUCAAGAACAUAUCAUAAGACUAUAUUACUUAAUAGUCAACUCAUGUGAUACCUAGGAAAACUAACAGGGGUUAACAACAAUAUUUAUUUCCCAUUCUGCUGUAUAGUGCCACUACCCUGAAAAUACUCAUGAGUUUUUCCGUUCUUACUUACCUCUCUAUCUCUGUACAGAAAUUAGAUUCCAAAGGCACAUACAGCAGAGGGUUCAAAGCAGUUGUAUAUCAGUGAGAGAUUAGGUCAUAAUAUCAAAUCCUUAAAUUGUCUGCGUAUGUGGCAGAAUUGUAAUGAUGUAUCGUAAAGAAGGGACAUUAAGGCAGAAGAAACACCUCAAACUAAUGUGAUCAAAUCUCUGCAACUUACAUCAUAUACAAAGAUUGAAGUUCUUGAAUUUUGUAUAGAAAGAUAAACUCACAUUUUAACUGUGUGAACAAUGACUCCCACAUAAGAAACAAAUCAAAUACAAGAUCAAGCACGAGAGCAAGUCCUCCAAAUGAAAGACAAAACCAAAAAAGGCCGACAGCAUAAAAG